AUGUGGUCAAACAUCAGUGGAAGCUGCUCCUAUUCCUGGAUGACCACUAAUGACAACACUAUUCAUAAAGUGGAAGCUGCCCUUUUGGAGGAUUGUUGCAUAACUAUUUGGCAACUAGCCCAAGAAGUGGAGAUAAGUGUAGGAUCCAUAGAAAAAAGAUCAAUCACGACCAUUUUACACAUGUGGAAGCUAUUUGCACGAUGGAUUCCCCAGAUGCUCACACAUUUUCAGAAGCAGGAAGGAGUCAACUGCUUUCAGGCUCUUUUGGCAAUGUGCCAAGAGAAUGAGGAGGACUAUUUUGGCAGACUUAUCAUACAGGAUGAAACAUGUGUCUAUCAUUAUGAUCCUGAAGUUAAAGUCCAGAAAGCAUGA